AUACUCCGUGGUUGGCAGAACAAUGGUGGUCAAUUUGGAAUCCGGGUUUGUAUUUUAGAUGAAGAUCGUAUGGGGUAAGAAUGAAAUUUUGAGUUAUAUUGCUGAAUAUGUGCGUGUGCUAUUAGUUUGUUUGUUAUUGGUUACUCUUCAAAAUGAGUGUCGUUUCGACGUUAGAUAUAUACGUAUCGCACGUGGAAAGCGAUGGUCCACUUUUGAAAUUGUGGGUGCAGCAAGAUAGACAAUCAGUGGUUUUAAUUGAGCAGUACAUUUCCAUUUUACGGCAGCAUUUCGACUCUGGUAAAGGAGUGCCUCAUCCUUCGGCUCUUACACCGGGAAAAGUAUGUUGUGCCCGGUAUAGCGAUGGCGAAUACUACCGCGCCAAAAUUAUGGACUUGAGCAACAUGAUGGAGGGGAAAGUCACCUUACAUUUCAUUGACUACGGCAAUUCGGAGACAGUAAAUGCAUCUGAAAUAAGGUUGUUGGAGGUAUUUAAUGCGAAUCCUCUGAAUGGUCUACCAGAGCAAGCAGAGGACUUUUACCUCGCGGGGGUGGUGCCAUCUGCCGGUGUCUGGGACGACGACGUAAUAAAGUUCAUUAAGAAUAAAAUUAGCUACGUUGACAUGAAAGGUACCGUUGUGGCUCGCUUUGGGAAUAGAAAAAUGUUGAAGUUACUGUUUCAGAAUGAAGAUUUCAGUAGUUUUUUGAUCAGUCAAGAUAUAUGUCAUCCAGUAAUGUUACAGGCGCAGCAGUCGCUUGCGGCCCAGAGGCACCAAGUCCCUUUAUUUGCUGGUUUCACAGUUCCUCCUCCUAUGGUGCAGCAGAGUCCUUACUCCAUGACGUACAGCAAAGUUACUCCCUCUCCUAUCUCUCAGCUACCUCCACCACCUGUUGUACAGCACAGAGCAGCUUCUCUCAUUUUCACCUCUCCCUUGCUGGAUAUUAAUUCCCAGCAUGAAGUUUAUGUGUCGUACGUUGAGGAUGGGCCCAUUUCUUUCUCCAUCCAGUUGAAAGAAAAUGAGCAGGCUCUGGCUAACCUGAUGGACACCAUCAAGAGCUUACCCCAUGUGACUGUUUCUGGGCCACUGAUGCCUGGCUCUGUGUGUCUUGGCCGAUACUCCUCAGACAAGAUGCUGUGCCGGGCGGUGGUGACAUCUGUGCAGGCAGACUCCUGCAAGGUGUACUACGUCGACUUUGGAAACAGCGAAGUGCUCCCCUACUCUGAGAUCUUCUCGUUGCCAAACGAACUGGUGGAGACCAAAGUGAUGGCCUUAAGAUUCACCUUAUAUGCAGUAAAAGACCUGGGAGAGAUAACCGACGAGGUGAAAGAAGUGUUCAGUGAGUUGGUGACCAAUAAGUUGCUACUGAUGAGGGUGACUCCCUCGGAUGGCCCACCUCUCAAGCAGUAUUGCGAGCUGUUUGAUGGCGGUGAGAACAUUAAAGAGUUAAUAGUGGCAAAGAUGCGCGAACGCAGGAAGGUGGAGAGCUAUCGGCCGACGGUGGCUCUGAUGGUGGGACAGUCGGUGAGCGUGCUGGUGUCGUUCGUAGAGAUGCCUUCAUCAUUCUACGUGCAGCCAGAGCGCACAAGUGCGCAGCUGUCAGGGCUGAUGGUGGCGAUGCAGUCACAUUGCACAGGUGGCGCGGGAGUAGUGGCACAGGCUCGGCUGCACACCGGUCUGCCGUGCUGCGCGCCAUACAGCGAGGACGGGCAGUGGUACCGUGCGCUGGUGCUGUCACCGGGUGCAACAGAAGUGAGUGUGUCGUACGUGGACUACGGCAACACGGACGUGGUAGGCGUCGGUGAUCUGCGUGAGAUAAGCCCUGUGCUGGCAGAGGCUCUGGAGCCUCAGGCAGUGCGCUGUUGCCUGAAGGGCUUCCAGGGAGACAUCCUUCCAGAGCUGACCAACACGUUCGAGCAGCUGGUGUUGGACAAGGUGCUGCGUAUGGUGGUGGUGCAGCUGGUGGAGAGCACGGCCAUUGUGGAGCUGUAUGACGGGGCGCUGGAUAUCGGGGCACACCUGCUGUGUGCGCCCCAGCUGCAGCCAAGCUCCAUGGGCCUGCAGGUGGACAUACCCGCAGCAGGAGAUGGUUGGACCACCAAAGAGAGUGAGUUGACUCUUGCAGCGUCCCAGGACCAGGGCUGGAGUAGCAACAAGGAGUCUACACAGCGACCGCCCCGGUAUCAACAGUCCCAGCGGAGCACGGCCUGGGGGCAGAACCAGCAUGGACCCAGGAAGCCACGGUUUGAGAACAUGGAGCAAGAACCAUGGAGGAAGAAAGAAGAAACUAACAAGUCUUGGCAGAAAAGGGAUCAUAAUAGUGAAGAGAAGACAUUUCAAAAACAUGAUCGUGAGUGGGAAGACAAGCCAUCGUGGCAGCGGCGUGAGCGUGAUGGGGAAGAGAAACCAUGGCAGAAACGACAUGAUGGCGAGGAUAAACCAUCGUGGCAGCGACAGGCCCGAGAUGGGGAAGAAAAACCAUGGCAGAAGCGACGUGAUGGCGAGGAUAAACCAUCAUGGCAGAGGCGUGACCGUGAUGGGGAAGAGAAACCAUGGCAAAAGCGACGUGAUGGUGAGGAUAAGCCAUCUUGGCAGAGACAGGACAGAGAUGGGGAAGAAAAACCAUGGCAAAAGCGACGUGAUGGCGAGGAUAAACCAUCGUGGCAGAGGCGUGACCGUGAUGGGGAAGAGAAACCGUGGCAGAAGCGACGUGAUGGCGAGGAUAAACCAUCUUGGCAGAGACGUGACCGUGAUGGGGAAGAGAAACCGUGGCAGAAGCGACGUGAUGGCGAGGAUAAACCAUCGUGGCAGCGACAGGACCGAGAUGGGGAACAGCAGCCAUGGCAGAAACGUGAUGAUGACCGUAAAUGGAAAAGUCGUCAAGAUGACAAUGGAAACGAUGGAGGAAGAGGUCAGAGGGAUAAACGGAGCGGAUUCAACGCCAAAGAUAUCACGGCGAGUAGUGGCGCGGAGGAGCAGUGGGAGGACGAACCAGCGGUACAUGUGCAGGUCAAAACACUUGCACCUGCUCUCUACGGCGACCUGACUCCGCCUUCGGUCACCCUCGGCCAAUCCAGCAACGUCGAGCUGGUGUUCAUCGACAGCCCACACGACUUCUAUGUUCAGGUGAUGCCUGACUGUGAGCCGCUUGCUGCCCUCAUGACGCGCAUCGACGAGGUGUACGGUGGGGACACGGGCUCCCCGGUCGCUGCCCCCCAAGCCGGCACCACUUGCAUCGCCAAGUACUCGGAGGACCAGCAGUGGUACCGUGCCGUGGUGCAGAGCGUGUCGGGUGACUCGGCUCACGUUCUCUUCCCGGACUUUGGCAACCACGAGGACGUGCCCGCUCACGAGCUGCGGGAGAUGACCGCGGAGUUCAGACAGCUGCCGGUGCAGGGCGUGCGGUGCUCCCUGGCGGGGGCAGCGCCGCGUGGCCCCGCCUGGACGGACGACGAGAUAGCCUCCUUUACCGCCGCCACCGAGCUCAAGCAGCUGGAAGCUACUUUUGUGCGCGAGCAGGCCGGCUGCUUCGAGGUUUUGCUGAAGGACGUGGAGGCAGGGAAAGUCAUCAACGAGGCGUACGGCUCCGCCAAGACUCCCAUGCAGGACUGGGCGGGACCACAGGACCCUUUCCCGGGGGUGGAGGUGGCUGCCGGGACGAAUGUGGAUGUGGUCAUCACUUGGUUCGUGAACCCGCAGGAGUUCUACUGCCAGCUGGCAGCCUCCGAGGAGCCACUCAAGGCCAUGAUGAAGGAGCUCCAGGCGCACGCGGGGGGGUCGGGAGCAGUGGCCGCGGAGGCGGGUCGGCCCGUGGCGGUGCGCUUCAAGGCGGACGGCGUGUUGUAUCGUGCGCGUGUGGAGACCAUCUCGCAGGGGCGCUGCGUCGUGCAGUACGUGGACUACGGCAACCGGGAGGAAGUGGGGGAGGGGGAGUUGCUGGGUCUGGAGCGCAGGUUCCUGGUGCCGCCGCGCCAGGCGCUGCCGUGCUCGUUGCGCGGUGUUCAGCCUGCUGACGGUGGGCAGUGGCCCCUGGGGCAGUCCCCCUUGGACUGCUGCUUCGAUGCAGCCGUGCUUCAGUGCACGUUCCACGGGGAGGAGCACGGCACCCACCUGGUGAGCCUGCAGCGUGCGGGCCAGGAUGUGGCUCUCCAACUGGUGUCGGAGGGCUUCGCACAGCCGGCAGCAGAGCCCAUUCCGCCUGAACUCUUUGCAGUGAACCCACGGCUGCUCGUGGGGACGACUGUGAGGGCCAACGUGUGCUACGUGGAGAGCACAUCCAGUUUCUUCGUGCACCUCGACUCUGCCAGCGUCGACCACAUCCAGGCCCUGGUGUGGGCCCUUGUCGAAAAGGGCACGGAGCCUGUGGCGGGUGACAGCCUGGUUACCGGCACCAUGUGUGUGGCCACUCCAGAUGAAGAAUCCUGGUACCGGGGCGAGGUCACAGGUGGCCCCAGCGCGGAGGGUGUCCCGGUGCAGUUUGUGGACUAUGGAGACCAGCACGUUGUCCCCGGGGACAAGGUUCUGGCAUGCCCGAAACAGCUGGAGGCUCUGCCGCGCCAGGCUGUAGCGUGCCGCCUGCACGGUUGUGACACGCCCGCCCCGGAGUUGGAGGAGCGCUUCAAGGUGGAGCUGGAAACGCUGGACGUGAUCCUUAGCGUUAAGGCCAUCUUUGAUGACAGAUUGUCCGUGCUGGUGUGCGACAUUCAUGGCAAGAUGCCAGAUUGGCUAGAGAGUGCAGUGGAAGGUGAGGUGCGCGAGGUAGCGCCACUCUGCCCACUAUUGGUGCCGUGCAGAGCGCGCGUGUGGGUGUCGCACGUCGCUGGGGCAGACAGCGUCUGGCUGCAGAGGACCCAGCACGAGGAGCUCCUCACGGCACUCGUCGACCAGCUGUUUGCCUUCUACGAGACGGAGGGUAAAGGCUUGGAUAUGGAGGUGGCUUCCGGAUCGCUCUGUGCAGCCAAGUCUCCCAGUGAUGGUAACUGGUACCGUGCCAGGGUGGUGUCCGUGGAGAGUGGGGUGGUCGACGUGCUGUUCCUUGACUAUGGCAAUGGUGAGCAAGUCCCUGUGGCAUCGGUGAAGGCUCUGGACGACACCUUCCACGUCCCGGACAUCAUGGCAACACGUAUUGUGCUGCCUGUUGUCCCGGUUGCGAUCAGGGAGGAGCUGGCGGAGAGAGUCACGCAGCUGACCGCGGAGAAGGAGUUCACGGCCGAGUUCUCUCGGGAUGGGGACCGCCUGCUGGCCGACCUGGUGAGCGAUUCCUCCAGUGUCUGCAGGCAACUGAUUGAGCUGGGUGACGCCAGCCCGCUGCCUGGGUACUCCUACACCGUCGAGGAAGAAACUAAAGAUGUUGUGAGCAAGGACGAGUGUGUGGUGUUUGUGUCUUUCAUUGAGUCUCCGGUGGAGUUUUGGGUGCAGAUUGCAAGUGAUGCAGCAGCGAUAGAAAGUCUUCAGUCGGACCUCCAGUCAUCUGCAGAUAGUCUGCGGAUUGUGGAGGAGAUACCAUCCUUGGGUGAGCUGCUUAUGGUUAUGUUCUCGGAUGACAGCAACUGGUACAGGGCUAAGGUGACGCAAGUGGAUGGAACAAAGCUGACUGUGUGCUUUGUGGACUAUGGUAAUAUGGAAGUUGUGGAUUUUGGCACCAGUGAGAUCAAACAUCUGCCAGAGAAUCUGAAGGAAGUACCUCACUUUGCCACUCGUUGUGUCUUUGACCUUGUUCCCGCAUCGGGUAACGAGUGGAGCACCGAGGCCCUAGAACGGUUUGAGAACCUUGUUGCUGAAACUGGCGGGCCCUUCAUCAUCAAAACUCUUCACGAAAAUGAGGCAAAGCAUGUUGAAAUGUUUGUAGAAGGCAGGAACAUCACAGAUGUGUUGAUAAGUGAAGGCUUGGCAAUAGCACACACACCAGUAAAUGCCAUUCCUGAGAGGCCAACACCAUUUGGUAGCAACAGGGAGCAAGUGUUUGUGAGCCAUGGUACGUCACCAUCGCGAUUCUGGGUGCAGCGAGAGGAUGACAGCACGAAGAUAGAUGUCAUGAUGGAGAGGUUGUCAGACGCAGAGCACUAUCCGGUGGUGGACGAGCCAUUGGAGGUAGGCCAGCUGGUGGCUGCGCAGCACGAGGAUGGUCUGUGGUAUCGGGCAUCUGUACUUUCGGUGGGAGAUGAGACAAGGGUGCUGUUCGUGGACUACGGCAACGAGGCACUUGUCUCAGAUGUGAGACUGCUACCACUGGACUUGUUGGCUAUUCCUGCUCUUGCCAAGGCCUGCCGCCUCAAGCCACCUGCUUUGCAGUCUGAGUGGUCUAGCUCCCUUGAUGCAGAGUUCGAAGCGCUGGCUGCAGAGGGCACUACUUCCUUUGAGAUGGAAGUGGAGGAGAAAGGAGAUCCGAUGACUGUUUUAUUGUACCUAGACGGGAAGUCUUUGGCUGAGUUGUUAUCGGUGCUUUGCGAACCUGACAUCCUUCAGCUGGUUACGAAUGAGUCAUAUGCUCUCCAGACUGCUUUCGAGUCAGAUGCUCCUAAUGCAGCUUCCAGUGAUUUGGAUGCUGCCCAGACAGCUUCCGUAGACUUGGAUGCUCUCCAGGCGGCUUCCGGCGAAUUGGACACUUUCCAGGCAGCAUAUGACAAGUCGGAAGCUCACCAGAUGACUUCCAGCGAGACGGAUACUCCCCAAGUGGCUUCCAGCAAAAGGGAGGAUGCACCCAAGAUGGCUUCAGGCGAAUUGGACACCCUACAGGAGGCUUUCAGCAAGUCUGACGCUCCCGAGGUGGCUUCCAUAGAGUCAAAUGCUCCCCAGGCGGCCUCCAAUGAGUUGGGCACUAUUCAGAUGGUCGUCACACCCAAAGUGUCACUGGACAAAGCUGGUGUCUGUGUUUCUUAUCGUACAUCGCCCUCUGAGUUCUGGGUCCAGAAUGCCAGUUCAUUCGAGCAGCUGGAGAGACUAGCAGAGUUGCUGGCCGAGGCAGAGACAUUUCCAGGGGUGGCCGAAGUAGCUGAGGGGUUGCUAUGUGCUGCCAAAUUCAAGGAGGUGGAGCAGUGGUACAGAGCACGUGUGCUGGGCAGCUCCGAAGAGGGCACGCUGGUGCUUUUUGUAGACUACGGAAACACCGCUGUUUGCCGGGAGUUGCGCACCCUGCCUGCUGACCUGGCGAGCUGGCCAGCGUUGGCGUGGUGCUGCCAGCUGCUGCUGCUGCCCGGAGCGUCUGGCUGGUCGCAGCUGGCUUGCGAGGUGUUCCUCGACAUCACUGCUGACACCAGCACAGUGUUCCAGGUGGAUGUGGUUGAGGAUGACGACCCUGUCAUCGUGAAACUGUCCUGUGAUGGCAAAGACAUCUUCCAUGCCAUUGGGGUGGACAGCUUGAUAAUCCCUGACAUGGGCAGUGAUGAUGAUAUCCUGGAACUGGAGACUAUUCAGAUAAAACUACCACGAGAGUGUGAAGUGUUUUCGGAGUUAAAUGACAUUGUAGAAGUGACAGGUUUUUUGGACAAGACUGUAGUAAAUGUGGUGGGAGCAACAGAAGUGCAUACAGGUGAUAAGAAAGACUCUGUCUCUAUGACUGGCAGUGUUGGGACUGUAGAGGCCUCCGAGGUAGAAGCAGUGGUUGAUAGCCUAGGGUCUACUGUUGUAAAAGAUGCAGUGUAUUUUACUAAUGGCAGCUCUGAAGGUUUCUUAAAAGCAGAAAGACUUGAUAGAACAGUGUGUGAUGCUAAAGUAUCCAAGGAUAUAUGUACUGAUACUUCGGCAAAUGUAUCUGUGGCUGAAGUGAAUCAUACGAGUACGUUGGAGUCAGGCGUGAAUGUAUCAAAGGUAGAUUUAAUAAUAGAAGAUAGUGUAACAAGUGUUAGUUUGCCAGAAGCUGAAAGUGUGCAUGAAUCUGGGACAAAAGUGGUUGAAAUUUUGGCUGUUAAUGAAAAUACAUCAAAAAAUAACACAAAUUCAGAGAAUGCAAAGUUGGAAACACUAAAAAUUAAUCUGGAUGUUGAGUCUAGUGAUGUAGAUAUAAAUGCAAUGAAUUUGAAAAUAACAGAAGCUGAUACUUUACCUGAACCUGAAACAGAAGCUGAUACUUUACCUGAACCUGAAACAGAAGCUGAUACUUUACCUGAACCUGAAACAGAAGCUGAUACUUUACCUGAACCUGAAACAGAAGCUGAUACUUUACCUGAACUUGAAACAGAAGCUGAUACUUUACUUGAAACAGAAGCUGAUACUUUACCUGAACCUGAAACAGAAGCUGCAAAGACAAGUGAUACUUGUUUAAAGGUUUUGAGAAAUACUUUUUCCAACUCUGAAGCAGAUGUGAAUUCUACAUUUGAAAACUUGAAAUUAGAUGAGCCAGUUGAGUUGGAGAAUGAAGCUGAAGUUAUGAAUACUAACAAAUUAUUUUCAUCAGAAGAUAGUGAUAAUGCUUCUGAUUUUGCAGUAAAAGAGUCUACAGAACUGGACAUGUUAGAAGCUAAGUUAGUAGAGGGGAAUGACAGUGAUAUGUCUGUGGACACUAGCGUGAACCAAACUGAUAGGAGGAGCAACGAUGCAGUCGAAAAACGGAUUUCAGAACCGGCCGUCGGCGCUGGGGUAGGGGCACUGGAGCAUGAUCCUGCUGAAUGUGUGGAAAUGCCAAAGGCCCCCUCGUCAGGGCAGCAGACGGAGCACGUGGAGAGAAUUGUGCAGGACAUCUCGGUGGAAAUGACAACUCCCUCGGACGGCAGUCCCGCACUCCUGACGCGCAGCACCGCCGAGCUCAAGAAGACUCCGUCUCGGCCCGAAUCCCCGCGCUCUGACAACACAGAGCGCAUUCUGCCAGGCUGUGUGUUGGGGAACUGCGAGAACAGUAGCUAGUACAUGUGUUAUGAGCACGUGCGUAGCUUAUGGAUGUGAACUAAAUCAUUAUAAGCCACCAGCAGAACUCUUUGGUAAUUACAAUGUUUCCCUGAUUAAGGAUGUUUGCUUACAUAUGUCCUCUGUGAAAUUUUAAAAUAAAAGUGUUUUUCUCCAACUGAGUUAUACAUCUUUAAAUUAUAUUUGAAUACUAGUUAUGAAAGGGAUAAAAAUGUAAUUUUUGUAUUAUUUGUGGUUCAAAGUUUUGUAACACCAUGAAAAUCUCAAGAUUCUCAUUCAUGUGGGAUAAACUAAAGCUAUGCUUGAAUUUUUUUUAAUUGCUUCACCAAUUUUUAGUUUUGUUCAAGGAUGUGAUGCCAGUAGAGUUUCACUAUAGAAAGUUAAUUUGUAAACUAAUGCUAAAUAUUGCUGUAAGUUUAUGUAAUGUGAUAUUUUAGUUUACCCAUUUAAAAAUUUACAUAAUUAUUUUUAAACUUUCUUGGAGCUGCUUGAAUGCAACCAAAAAAAUUUUUAUAUUAAGAAAAGAUGCCUAGUUGUUAUUUUGGCAGACAGUUGUUACUUUAAGUGAGGUAUUCUUAAGCAACUAUCUUAGAAGAUAGAUGAUAAUAAUUAUAUUUGCAAUUGCAUUUUCAUGUAAAGAGAGAUAACAGACUGGUGAUUGUUAAAUCAGAAAGAUGAAGCUCCAGAUUUGUGUAAGGAAUUAAAAUAAAUUUUUUCUCAGUUGUCUGUAUGUUUAGUUUCUUGCAAACUUCAUUCUUGGAUCGAAAAGAAUUCAUAUUGUACAGUUUUUUUUUGUAGCUAACAUAUUUAAGAAUUUAUUUUCAAACUUAAAUUUAUUUUGUUUUAAUGAACCUCAUUUCCUGGAAACAGUUGUCCCUACACUGCCAGCAGUAACUCUAUUUUAGGUCUGCCGUUUUUACUAAUUUGAUCAGUUUUAUGAGGUUUUUGAAGAAUUAAAUCUGUAAUUUACCAUCAUGAAAUAUUAGAGAAGGAUGAGUUUGCAAAAUUGAUCAUUUUGAGUUACAAGGCAAGAUCUAGUAGUUGCAGAAGGGUUGUUUUUAGAUGUGGUGUAUUAAAAUAGAUUAUGUAUCACUAAGGGUAAAAAUAAAUAAUGCAUGCAGAAAGAUUA